CAGGCCCUGUGGGGGUCCCAGGCAGGUGCGGGCGGAUCCCGGCCAGGCCCGGGACGAUCCCGGUUUUGGGAACCUCCCAGGGAAAAGGGCGGGGCCGCAGGAGGAGCUCGGCGCGGGAAGAUGACGUCAUCAGCGCCGCCAGGAGCCGGCGGAGCGCCUGCAGCACACGUGUUCCCGAUCAGCAUUUUAGAAUGCCAAAAAUGAUUGUGGAAAAAAAAGAGAAGAAGGCAGAAAAAAGAAAAAAGCUGAAGCAACAUGUGGCCCAAAAGGAUCAGGUAGAAUUGGAAACUAAACCAGCGAAGAAGAAGAAGCUGCAGGCUACAAAAGAAGAGGAAGAGCUUAUUGCAGAGGAAGAACUUACUCCAGAGGAAAAGAGAAAACUGGAAAGAAAAUUAAAAAAAGAACGCAAGAAGAAGGAGAAACAGCUGAUGAGGGAAGCUGGAAUCCCCAUUAAAAAGGUGCAGCCCAAAAAGCCAUCGGGAUCUGAGCGGGCUCUGGCCUAUUUAACCAGCUGGUCUAAAAACCCAGGAAAAUGGAAGUUUCAAAAGACAAGACAGACGUGGCUUCUCCUGCACAUGUAUGAUAAAGAGAAGGUUCCAGACAAGUAUUUCCCCAUUUUACUGGAUUAUCUGCAAGGUCUUCAGGGUGGUGCACGAGACAAAACUGUGCAGAAAGCUGAAGCUUUUAUGAAGGAAUUUGACGGUUCUGAUGGAGAAGACCCAAACCUUCUGGAGAAGUGCGAGCGCAUCAGACAAGUUCUACAACUGCUGUCCUGAGUGUAUUUCUGUGUCAUAAUUGUUGUCUGGUGGAGGGAAGGAGAGGAUGUCACAUACAGAGGCUGUAAAGGAUUUAUAAAGAUAAUACUAAAUUUUAUACUUGCAAUUUUUUCCAGCUGAAAAUAUUUAUCGUGUUCGGAGGUGAUGAAAUAAAAAUAACAUAUAUAGCCCAUAGUCUUGCUAUUAAUCUUACUGCACCUCUUUAGAAAAAUAAAUCUCUUUCCCUCUCAUUAGUUUUUCUCCAUCUCCCCCUCUAAUUACUGUUGAAUAUGAGGAACUUUGCAGCUCUUAAUAAGAAGAGCAAAGGAACCAACAGAAAGCCUGGAGGGUCUUUUACAAUGGCAGCUUUUAAAAUGAGUGUACAGUACAGUGCGUGCUCAGCCAGCUGUAAUCUCUCACUUUCAGCUUCAGAAGGAUGUCACUUGGAUUUGGGAAGGAUCAUUUUCAGUCUGUUGAACAUGGGUUGUACAACAUUUGCUUAGUACUUCACACGGUGAUCUGGAGAUACCAUCAGCUUUGUUGGUUUUCCUUUUAUAUUUUAAAGUUUUCAAAUGCAUUAGGGCAAUUGUUUAGAUACUCAGAUAAUGCACAGAUGGGAACAGAUCAAAUCCUUGACUAUAUGUGGUGAAAUCAUCAAAUUGUAGCAAAACUUAGCCUACAAUCAGAAGUGCUGUGCUGUAUCCAGCCUGCCAAUACUGCAUUUUCCUCCUGCAACUGGCAUCCAAAAGAGUUAAUUCACGUUCAUUCCUUUUGGCAUGGGGCAUUUGUCUCUUAUGAACGUGCUGAAAAUGAGGCUUUCAAAUAUAAACCAAGGACAUUAAUUACUCAAACUUGGAUGAUUGGCUUAUUUAAUAACACUGGUAUUCAGACACGGUUCUUGACCUGAUUUUUUAACGUUUCUGCAAACAUUGUUCAUACUUUAUUAAUAUCAACUAUAUGAAAUGUGUGGUGUUUUAGAAGAGUGUCUGUCUUUGGGAAUUACGAUUUUAAUUUGGGUGGGUGAAGGAGGGGAGGAUCUAUGGAUAUGCAGCCUGAUCUUGCAAUAAGAAGCGUUUGAGUGGAUUUGACAGCCUUCAUAGUCAUGGCUUAGUACAAAUCUUUAAAAGUAUGAAAUGUAUUACUAAUAGCAAAUAACUUAUGCUUUCUGACUUGCUGAGGAGGAGAUUUUCAGCCAAAAAAGACUAGAAACCAGCAUGCCCUCCUCUAAGAGAAUAACUGGGAUGGAGUUUGGCACAAGAAUGGGCAGAAUUGAGCAGCAGUGUCCAGGUUCUCCACUGAGGUGCUGACAGUGCCUUGGGACACAGCUGCAUGAGGGCUGCAGAGCAGCCAGAGCCUUUCUGAGCUGUAUAGCACUGAUCUUCCAGUCAGAAUCCUGCUGAAAGGGAUCUGUAAUAAAAGGAAGUGAUCCUGACAUUUAGUGAACUCAUAAAGAUCAUUGGGUCAUAUAUCUUACAUGUGAGAAUAUGCAGCUGGGAAAACCUGCUGUCACUCCAAGCAGAAGCUGAUACUUGUUUCUUUCCAUGAGGGAAAACAGGAAUUUCUCAGCGAUGAAGUUUUCAAAGUAUCUUUUUGUGAGUUUAUCAUUGAAUGUUAGAUGUCAGAGAAGAAUUUUUGUUCUCCCUCAAGAAAUUUGAACAUCGCCACUUUUGAUUUCUCUGUCACACAAAAAUGUGGGUCCUCAUUGAGCAUUUAACAUACCUUCUAUCUUAAAAGCACAAGCACAUUGCAACUGCACUUUGGAAAAGAAUUGUAAAAAAUAUGAUAAAGGUAAGAUCUGGGCAAAAAUAUGGGAACCUUUUAUAAUUUUUGACAUAUUUAGCAAGAUUUGCCUUUCUUUGACCUUAGUUCUGACCAUAUAUAAAUGCUGACAAAUCUGUAAGAAGAGAAGCUUUGUAGAUCAAGAGUGUCAUGUUUCAUUUUACAUCAAUUAAUAUUAAAAGCACAC